UGGUGUGUGUGUGUUGUGUCUCAAAUGCAACGUUGCCUGUUCUGAGUUCUGAGUUAACCCCUGCACCAAUCAAGAAGAAAAUUAUUUGGAAUCAAUCAGGAUGCGGUUUGCGUGGGUGGUGCUUGGACUGAGCCUCCUGCUGCCGAUGGUGAGCUCGUUCGUCACGUACAUCUUCAUCUCCAUGCUCACCAAACCUAUCGCCCUCGAUACCACCCAGGCCACCAUACUCUGUCUCGCACUCAUGAAGAUGGCACUACUAGCGAGCACUGGAAUUUUCCCCGUAAACAUGGACCUGCUUUUUGAGCAAGUAUUUGGCACUGGAACUUAUCCAUCGGACGACGACGCAACGACCACCGAAGUGCCCCUCGAAGAACCGGACCUCGACGCUGACCCGAGGAGUGAGAGGGACAGGAGGGCGGUGGACAGUGCCGGAAAUAUUUUCACUCCCUUCUUGUACAAGGUUCCUGAUGUGGCCAAAACUCCAUGUUUGCGUCGGUUUCUAUGCGAAAUAGAAACCGUGAUUCGGACCAGUGACGAUUUCGAGAACAAGCCUUCAGAGAACGACGCGGACCGACACCCGGAGGAAGAGGUGGACGUGGAGUCUUCGGAUCCGCAAAUCGAACUUUACACGGAGGCUGUGCGUGCGUUGUACGGAUACGACAGCCCGUCAGCCCCGGACUCCAGCCCGGCAACGGAGCGCGCCUUGUCGCUCAUGCAGUCUUUGACGGGCAAAAGUUGUGAAGAAGCUUACAAGCUUUGUUCUGGCUGGUACACUGCCCCGAUGGUGUUCAAAGUGGUCUUUGAUGAACUUGGAUUCCGGGCGAAAGACGAAUUAUGAAACUUCACAAAUGAGCAAAUGUGGAUAUAAAUGACAAGUUCCUAUCGAUGUUUCGUCACAGGGCAUUUCUUACCGAAUGCGCUUUAUGUUAUGAAAAGCUACCUAUAUAAGUUCAAUAUUCAGAAGUCAGUAUAUUUUCAUAUCAAAUCGAAAAUUUAUCUAAUUGAACUCACCAAAUAGGAAUAAUACAAAUCUGCCAAGAAAGGUAAGCACGAUCAUCCAUUAUUGUCGAUCGUAUUCGUCUCAUUAUUAUGGGAGCCUAUUUAAACAGGCUCGGUGCAACGAAAGUUGCCAUUAUUUAGUUAAUCAAAUAAUGCCACCACGAUUUAUUGGAGCUUUAUUUGUGAUGUGAUAAUAUGUAGGUGGGACCUGAAGUGAUGAUAACCGCAUAACUUGAAAUUAACGUCAGAAUUUUUGAGUUGGCAUUAUUUUAAAUGGAUAGAUGGAAUAUGAAUGGAAAGUAGAACAAUUUUUACAGUGGCUCUAACUACUUAUUAAACGCAAAAAUUAGAGGCUUCUGCCCUUCGUCUAGACUAGAGGAAGAGAAAUGACUCUUGCAUUUUAUAAUAAUAAGUUUGCAUGCGUCAUAAAUUAACAAAACGCAGCGUCUCUGACUGAGGCGGGACGAGACGGGUAAUUUCCCAGAUGAAAUAACGAGACGAAG